AUGGUACUGGUGAUGGGUGUGACUGGGUCAGGGAAGAGCUACUUCGUGAAUAAAUUAGCGAAUGGCGACGUAGUUCAAGUCGGAGACGACUUGCAUUCCUAUUCCCAGAUACUUGAAGAGAUCUCCCGUGUCCUCACUGCGCAGCACGAAGCUGGUGUUCCAUUGAAAGGAGUGAUAUAUCUGCAUCGAAUAACGGAUAUCAGAUAUGCUGGAUCAUCGAUAAAAACACUUGAAAUUUUCAAAAAGAUAUGUGGAGACUUAGCACUACAGAAUGUCAUAUUAGUCUCAACGCGAUGGAACGAGAUUGAUGAAGAGACAGGAGCUUUUAGGGAGCAACAAUUGCGGAGUGACUUCUGGGCCUAUAUGUUGGGCCACGAUGCGAGAAUGGCACGUUUUGAUGGGAGCAGAGACUCUGCAAUUGGUAUUGUAAGCCAAUUAGUGAGUAGGCAGAGUAUUGUGCUUGAGCUCCAGCGAGAGCUUGUUGAUGAGAGGAAAACGCUGCAGGAGACCGUUGCUGGUGCCUACGUGAAUGAUGAUUUGUCAGAAAAACGUGCUCAGCUUGAGAAAGAAGUUUGGGAUCUUGAGAAGCUUCAACAGAGAACUGCACAGAAUGAUGAUCGGGCAAUGAGAAGACAAAUCGAGCUGGACAGAGCGCGAGAACAAAGGCGCCUUCAAGUCGCCCGUGAAGAUGAAGAGCGUUUGCGGAAGCAAAUAGCCCUCGAGGUGCAUACAGAAAUCGAGGGUAAAAAGAAGAAGAAAGGCAAAGGCUUGUGGGCAGUCCUCCCUUUUUUACCAGCAGUCAUGGGCAUCAUAGAGAUGUUUGUUGGCAUUCCGCCAGGAUCGACUGCGUUGUUGACCUCCUGGUUCUCGGAAAGUGGAAUCGGAGAAUCCGUGUCUGACUUCUUUGCAAACUUUUAG